GCCCAUGUUUGGUUUUGGUGUACCAAUAUUUAGUUGCCUUUUCGUUGAUUUUGUUUUUCUUUUCCUUUUCUUGUCCCUUUUUCCCUUUUCUUGCCCUAUUUCUUUGAUUUCUAUGAGAAAUUCUUUGCUGUUUAGCCUUAUAUUUUCAUUUGCUUUAUUUGUUAAAGCAGAUGAAAUACCUCCUCGGUUUGGAUCAAGAUGUGCCUAUUCAACUAAUAAAAUUUAUUGUUAUGGUGGAAAACUAGAAAACAAACAGUACAAUAACGGCAUGUACGAGUUAGAUGUUGACAACCUACCUCAAGGACCAGUGGCCGACAUAAAAAAGAAAUGGAACUUGGUCACUAUAAACCAAAGUCCAGGUGUUCCUCAAGACGAAUAUCGAUACGCCACGCAGUUUGUUCCACUACCCGACGGAUCUUUAUUUUUCGACGGUGGAUACAAUGAAGAUAACCCGCUCGUAGCUAGAAAUGUUACUUACGAUCCACAAAAAAAUAUAUGGACUGUGCUACCUGGUCCUGGUUAUAUUGAUGAUAAAAAUGGAGGUGUAUAUCGACAAAUAUAUUCUGCAGCAGCAGUAUAUUUACCAGAGACUGGAUCAAUUGCAUUUUAUGGAGGAAGACAAUUGAAUGCUGUUCUUAAUUUCACUUACACAGGUAUUAAACCAUAUGCUAAUCUGACUUAUGAAAAAAAGUCAGAGUUGCAUCCGGAAAAAACACUAGUCGAAAGUAUUUAUGGAUAUAAUUACGUAACGGAACUGAACCUUAAAACGAGGGCAUGGACAUCCCGUAAAUCCGAACCUAUAUUUGUAAAUGAUUUUCCAAUUUUAAUUAGUGAUCAGACAGCAACAUAUCAUCCGGGUACCAAAGCAAUUAUUUUUAUGGGCGGUUAUAUCAAAGAUGCACUCUUGGUAGGUAUGACCCGUCCGCUCAAUUACUUCCUGACAUUUGACACCGAAAAUUCCUUGUGGAAAACUCAAAAAACCAUUGGACUGAAUACACCCACCGCCAGAGUUGGACAUACCGCAACGAUGUUAAAUACGGGAGAUGAUAUUUUCAUGUAUGGAGGUGUUCUUACGCCUAAAAAUGAUUCAUUGGAAGGAAAUCUUUCUGCCGAUUACUUGUAUACUUUAAACUUAAGGUCCUACAGAUGGUCAGUUUAUGACAGACCACCCGAUACCAUAGGUCCUAGAGCCUUUCAUUCAGCUGUUCUCGUUAAUGGCACUAGUUUGUUCAUAAUGUUUGGUAGAGUUAAAUCAGAAAAAACUGGUUUACUUGUUCCUACAAACGACAUCAUGGUACUCAACGUGAACGACCUGUCUUCUAUGACAUCUUUCAGCACCUUUCCUAACCCUGUAGAUCUUAACUCUUCAGCAAAUAAAACAACCACUGGGGUUCAAUCCAAUGGCCAGUCAGGUGACCAAUCGAAAGGUAUUUCUGGUGGCACAAUUGCUGGAAUUGUAGUUGGAAGUGUGGCAGUGAUUGCUAUUCUAGCCUUCGCAGCAUUAUACUAUAAAAAAUAUAAGGAUAAAGAAAUGAAUGGGCGUCAGGUUGAUUGGAAUGAUAUAGAUGGUGAGUAUAGAGAAGACCCACCAUUCGGUACAAAAUAUACUGCAGACUCCACAAACAUGAAAAGUAUCGUGGUCCCACCUGACGUGUCAAGAAAAGAAGGCCCAUCUCAAAAUACAUAUUCGAACUUGAUAAAGCCUGAUGUUGACCUGGAGACGAAUGUUAAGCCAGAUUUCAAAACUUUCUAGAUAUGUUUAUGGGAGAACGCACUAUGACGGGUGGAACAGCAGAUAAGAUUACAUGUGGCAGUACUGUGGUAUUUAGCCAUAUUACCGUAGUCGAAUUAAGUUACACGAUCAUAGUCCACAAUAAUUGUCAUUAUUGGGACUACUAAUAACCUCAUAUAAAAAAAAAAUUAACUAAUCUGUGGUAUUUGACAGAAUAGUUACAAUAGAAAAGUAAUGAGAUAAAAGUAUAUCUUUA